AAAAAUGUUUUCUUUUAAACAAGAAUAAAUUAUUUUAAAUUUGAACUUAUACGUAAAAUUGGUGACAAUAAUAUACAGUGCAUAGUUUAAUCAAAAUGUAAUCGAGUGAUUAAUAGAUACUUUUAAUUACCUAGGGUGUUUAUAAAAAACGAUGAAACAGAACGUGAAACGUUUACUAAAUUAUGCGUAAUACAUUAUCAUUUCGCUUACGCGUAGCAGAUAUGCAAGAGACAUUGCCUGGCCUGUCGGAACAAUUUGUCGAUAGAGGAGGAAAGAUGGAUAUAAUGCAGGAAACGUCAAAGGACUUCGAGAGUAUCGCUAAGGAUAGACUCAAGUGCGGUUGGUUUUGGUUCCGGCCUUCCUACUUACAGAAAUAUCGAACAGCUAAAUGGGCGCUUUUUUGGCUUUGUUGGGCUGGAGCGAUGCAAGGAAUGGUCGUAAACGGAUUUAUUAAUGUUGUUAUAACAACGAUAGAAAAGAGAUUCGGAUUUCGUUCAUCACAGACAGGUCUUAUCGCUGGAGGAUAUGACAUUGCGAGCUUCUUCCUGCUAAUUCCGGUUAGCUAUUUGGGUGGUCGCUCCAACUCCAGUAAACCCAGGUACAUUGGUAUUGGCGUACUAGUAUUGGGCCUGGGUAGUCUUCUGUUCGCUUUACCACACUACUUAGUCAGUCCUUACAGAGGAAGUAAUCAAGUAGAAAAUACGUGCAGAAUAUCAUCGAAUUCCUCGUCAAUACGUUCAGCGUCGUGUUCUAGUAUGGAGCAGACGGAGCUGGAGCCACAUGGUGGUAUAUACCUAAUGAUGUUCCUCGUAGCCCAGCUUCUGCACGGUGCAGGUGCCGCGCCAUUCUAUACACUCGGUGUCACUUAUCUCGAUGAGAAUGUUUCCAAGAAAAUGUCUUCUGUCUAUUUGGGCGUUUACUAUACAAUGGCGGUAAUUGGACCUGCUUGCGGCUAUGUCAUAGGAGGCGAACUGCUUAAGUUAUAUACGGACUUCCUAAGCGUCGAUCCAGGGUCAAUUGGAUUAACACCUGACAGUAACGUAUGGAUAGGAGCUUGGUGGGUCGGUUUUCUUGCAGCUACUGUAAUUUGCUUUGUAAUUGCAUUACCACUUUUAGCCUUCCCGGCAAUUUUACCAGGAUCAGAAGAACUAGCAAAGGAAAAAGUAUCGGAAGCUCAUGAAAAACCAACAGCAUCGUCGAGUGAUAGAGCUGGUGAAGCUUUUUCAAAAAUUCGUGAACUUCCAAGAGCACUAACGGAAUUACUUGGUAAUCCAGCUUUUUUCAUGUUGAAUCUCGCUGGCGCCAGCGAAGGAUUACUAAUAGCUGGUUUCGCAGCUUUUCUUCCAAAAUUAAUAGAGAAUCAAUUUAGCGUCAACGCCAGCUUAGCAGCUCUGCUUAUGGGUUUGGUGACUGUACCCGCUGGUGGUGGAGGAACAUUUCUUGGAGGGUAUUUGAUCAAACACUGGAAUUUACCAUGUUCAGGAAUUCUUAAAUUUUGUAUUAUUGCCACUGCCACAUGCAUCGCAUUCACUUUCUGUUUUAUAUUAAGCUGUCCUAAUUUAGACUUUGCUGGACUUACAAUAUCCUAUUUUAACGAAAAUAAAAAAUCGUUAAGUUUGGACGGCGUGUGUAAUACGGGGUGCGGAUGUUCCACUUCAAACUUCAAUCCCAUUUGUGGUGUUGACGCAAUAACUUAUUAUUCGCCUUGCCAUGCAGGAUGUUUUCAAGAAAUAUCUCUACCUGAUUUGAAAGUUUACACUAACUGCAGUUGUAUUGAUGCGACGGCAUUGAAUAUGUCCAUUGGCACUAAUGGCAAUGACUUUAUCUCUUACGAAGCCACAAAUAUGACAUGUGCAAGCAAGUGCAAUUACUUAUGGCUUUUCAUCGGUCUUGCUUUCUGCAAUAUGUUGAUGACAUUUCUCUGCACGAUGCCAGCACUUUCAUCGACUUUGCGAGUUGUUCGCGAUGAUCAACGAUCGUUUGCUCUAGGUAUUCAGUGGAUCAAAGUACGCAUCCUAGGAACCAUACCAGCUCCAAUUAUUUUCGGUACACUUAUCGACGAAACAUGCAUUCUCUGGCAUAAGACUUGUGACGAACAAGGUGCCUGUCUUGUAUACGACAAUUACUACAUGAGCAGAUACAUGUUCGCAUUAGCAUUUAUCGGAAAAGCCGCAUCUCUAUUAUUUUUCUUUCUGGCUUGGUGGUUUUACGUUCCUCCGGGAAGCCGAAAGAUAAAUCCCGAGCCUCGACCAGAGCCUGUUACAACGCUUAUGUCUGCAGCAAUGUAGCAACAUACACAUCAGCCCAAUAUUUCCAACGCAUAAAUUAAUUUUCUUUACUGAGUCUUACACAUUUUUGUAUUUACAAC